AUGGCCACCGAAGGCCGGUCAUCACAACCUCCAGCCGAGGACAACACCUCGACGCCGGCCGACGAGAACGGCGAAAACACCCAGCCCCAGCCGGAAUCCUCUCAAGUACCACCGCAAUCAUCCCCAGAUGGCGCAGAACCGGGUGCGCCGGCCUCACCGCCCCUACCGUCCCGGCACACGGCGGCGACGCCCGGGCCGCGCGCGCAGCGCUUCCAGGAGAUGUUCGGCCUCGCGCUGAACCACACCCUGACCAAGAUCUCGCCCGAAAACUUCGCGUCCUGCUACCCGACGGUGGCGGCCCAGGCCCCCGGGGUCCUGGGCCAGGUGCAGCGCGCCAUGGUGGACCGGUUCGCGGACCUGUGCAACCAGGAGUUCGGCCGCGUGCAGGCGCGGUACAGCGUCGUGCCCAAGCUGAACGAGCUCGAGGCCCUGGUGUCGGACGCGGAGCGGCGGCGGCGGGCGCAGGCGCAGGCGGCGGCGAGGAGGAAGGGCAAGGGCAAGGGGAAGGAGAGGGCCGCCGGGGAGGGCGAGGACGACGACGAGAACGCCAGGAAGCAGCCCACGCCGCCGCACCUGCUGCCCGCGGACGCGAUCCUCGCUGCCCACCUCGCGCCGCACCUGGCGAGCCAGCAGAGCCAGAUGAACGCCAAGCUGCAGAACACGCAGGCCGCCAACGUCGCGCUGUGGGGGGAGAUCCAGAGGCAGCGGGCUGAGGUGGAUGAGCUGGGGGCGCUGGAGCGGGCGCUGGCCGACGUGGACGGCGCCGCGGCUCUUUUGGACGAGGUGCCGGCCGAGGAGCUGGCGAGGGAGUCGAGGACUGUGGAGGCCGAGAUGACGGAUGUGUGA